UUUUUACGAGUCGGCGUCUCUUUCGUUUUGCUUUGCUCUUGUCUUCGCGUUAUUUUUAGGCCGCCAAAGUGUUUUUUCGUUUUCGUGGCUGAAAAAACCGACAUUCCGUCCGGUUUGCCAAUAUUUUCGGCACGCAACUAUUUAAGGACUCGUUUUAGCCGGCACUAGUAGGUUGUUGGCCUCCCGCAGCGAUGAGGUUGCUGUACGUGUUUGCACUGAUCCUGGCCGUGCGCCUGGCCUCCGUCUUCGUGGUGCAGACCUACUACGUCCCGGAUGAGUACUGGCAGAGUCUGGAGGUGGCCCACAAGCUUACCUUUGGUUACGGUUACCUCACGUGGGAAUGGGUACAGGGCAUCCGCAGUUACUUAUACCCUGUGAUUAUUGCCGGACUCUACAAGCUCCUGGCUCUGCUUCAGUUGGACAGUGCUCAGCUUUUGGUUCUAGUCCCGAGAAUUCUCCAGGCCCUUCUUUCCGCCUACUCCGACUACCGCUUCUAUGUGUGGACUGGAAAGCGGAAGUGGGCUCUGUUUCUCAUCCUGGUGCCCUGGUUCUGGUUCUACACCGGCUCUCGCACCCUGGCCAACACCCUGGAGGCUUCGCUCACCACUAUCGCUCUCAGCUACUUCCCUUGGUUCGGUGAAGGAACCGUCUACCUGUGGCCCGCUGCCAUCUGUUGCUUCUUGCGCCCCACAGCGGCUGUGAUUUGGAUUCCUUUGUCGCUGUACCAUCUCCGCAAGAGUCGUCUGAGCGUGGUGCAGCUCAUCCUCAAAAGAUUUCUGCUGAUCGGGUUACUGGUUGCUGGCUUGGGCGUUGCCCUCGAUACCUACUGGCACGGCAAGCUAGUCGUGACCCCCUACGAAUUCCUUAAGUACAACAUCUUCAACAACAUCGGUAGCUUCUAUGGCUCUCAUCCCUGGCACUGGUACUUCACAGUGGGAUUGCCCACUGUCCUGGGAAUCAACACGUUGCCUUUUAUCUACGGUAUCAUGGAAACGGUGCGCAAGUCGGAGAAGUUCCCGGUCAGCAAACAGCUUCUGAUUACCAUCUUCUUGACCCUGGUUAUCCUGAGUGGCGUGGAGCACAAGGAGUUCCGCUUCGUGUCGUCGCUGUUGCCACUCUGCUUGUAUGUAGCCACGGACGCCUUGUCCCGAUGGAGCUACAAGGCCUCCUCAUCCCUUCUGUGGGCCACUGCCUUGGUCAUUCUUGUGGGCAACGCCAUACCCGCCUGGUAUUUCAGCACUGUUCACCAGAAGGGACCCAUUGAUCUGAUGCCAAAGCUUAGGGAGAUAGCUCAGGAAUACAAAGACGAACGCGAUCACCGCGCAAAUAUACUCUUCCUAAUGCCGUGCCACUCAACACCCUACUAUAGCCACAUCCAUGAGAACGUUACCAUGCGCUUCCUGACCUGCGAGCCGAAUCUGAGCAACGCAGAACAAUACAAGGACGAGGCCGACCGCUUUUUCGAAGACCCACUCCACUGGUUGAACUCAAAUAUUCCCGUCCAUCCGCUCACGGCGCAGCCCUCUCACCUCGUCCUUUUCGAUCCAUUGGCCGAGAACAUCAGCGUGUUCUUGCGAAACUACCGACUGCUGCACCGGAUCGAGCAUGCCGAGCAUCGCCAGCCGCGAACAGGCAACUCCAUUUUGGUUUACCAGCGCUUGAAGGCUGGCGGAGAGAACGCCUUCAACAACGAGGAGGCCGAGGAUAUUCCUCUAAAAGACAACCCCCAACCACAGGAGGUACCACAAAAUCAGUUCAAUUAGAUAAUAGAGCAACAGGAAACUGGAAAGACUUUGCCAACCCACCACUCAGCCCUCCAUCAAAGAAAGAUGCAUACGGAGAAAUAUUUUUAAAUGCCACUCAAAACAAUAUAUAUUUUUUACCCAUUUUGGCCUUACAAACAAAGAUUUUAGAAAUGUUGAAGCGACGAAAUUAUCACCUGUGCUAAUGGAUAUUGUAGUAUAGGCCAUCGUAAGCAUUUAGGCAUAAACGCUCUAAAGAGAGGCAAUAUAUGUUUUACGUAGUUGGUAAUCCCUUGUACUGUUCUUGUUUUGUAAUCUUCGAAAUAAAGAUUCAGUUCGAGUACAA